CCAAGUACUGCAAGUACUACCAACACGGAGUACCUGCAGUACUCGGAGCCACGGCUCAGUAUUAUUGAAUAACACACGUUUGAUCGGUAUGUAAUCAGUCCGCGUGCGCGGUGAUCAGCACGUGAAUGAUGAUUUUAGUGCCAUCAGUCGCUCGGUGAAGUCGUGAUGAACACAUUCUGCUCAGUGAAAGGUUGCUGGUUCGAUUCCUGUCAGAGAGUCUGGGUGUCGGCAGGAAGGCCAUCCAAAGCCAGUGCAGAGCGCCCCUUGGUGGUCGUUUUUAUGAAGUUUUUCCCUCCGUGGUGUCAUGUGACGUUGUUUCCGGUGGGCGACAGUUUUUCUGUCGUUUAUUUAUUUGACUGUAUCUAUUUAUAUUCGUUUGUGGGCGGGGCUUCGUCUUUAGUCUCUGCUCUGUCAGAGCUGUUCGUCUGUGUCUGGAGCAGCAGCACACAGGCUCCACCCCCGGCUCCUUGCUGCUUACAACGAGUCAAAAUAGCCGCCCGCAGCUGAACAUGUGACAGACAGUUAAAGUAACAAGUCGACUCUGUGAUCAUCAUGUCCUACGCCAAGCACCUGCUGCCGAUGUCUUCCACUGCGGUGGAUGUUUCACUGCAGACGAUGCCCCGCCUCUUUCUUCUUCUUCUGGUCUUGCUGUCACUCCGCCCGGUGUCAGCCACAUCGCCACUCACCGUGGCAUUGGGGCGUCGUGGCAACCGAAUCUCCACUAUCAGCGCCUGCCACCAACUGGAGACAGCAGACGGAGGACUGACGGUCCGUUGCACUGGACUCAGACUGACCCAGGUGUGUUUGUGUGCUCAGGUACCCAUCGGCCUGUCUAACCACACCACUCGUCUGUUUCUGAAUAAAAACCUGCUGACCUCUCUGGCGGCCGACACGUUCUCCAGUCUGUUCCUGCUCGAUGAGCUCGACCUGUCGCAUAACCAGCUCUCCUCACUAGAAGACGGUUGUUUCCGUGGGUUGGACUCGCUCUCCUUCUUGGACCUGUCGCACAACCGUCUGUCCACGCUGGAGCUGCCGGUGCUCGGCGGUCUGCAGAUUGAGGCCAACCUCACACAUAACCCCUGGCACUGUGACUGCAGGAUGGAGCUGUCCAUGCCUCAGUUGGAUCUGGACCCGACCUCACUAGCAGAAGUUGUCUGUGCAACUUCUGAUCUCCCAAACCUCGGAGCUGUCGGGAUACCACUGGUCGUGCUGAUGGAGGACUGGGAUCUGUGUUUGUCUGUGAGGAGAACCACUGAUGUGGUGACACUCGUCACCAUGUUCCUGUGGCUCUUCAUGCUCAUCUGCUACCUGGCCUACUACAUACGCCAGAACCAGGCGGUCACGCGCCGAAACCUGGAGUACCUGAAGUUACUGGAGAGCAAAAAUCCAAAAUAAACCCAAAAAGACAACUUCAUGAUGACCUUUUGGAAAUCCUGAACGCCUGUAAUUUCACCAAAGAGUUAGAGUUACCCACAGCUGUAUUUUCCCUCAAAGACAUCCGUAACCUACGACUACUAGAGCAAUUUCUAUGCCCACAGGUGCCCACGGGACUCUGGGUACCUUCUGAUCGGUUGCUCCCCUCCAAAAGUUACAAAAGCACAUAAAGGACUCCUUAAGGGUCUAAUGCAAUACUUCACUGACACUCAGCAUCUCUAAGGAACACCAAAGCUUCUCUAGAACUUGAUAAUGUAGCUCUAGAACCUUGUCUGGGACUUCCUCUGAGAAACCUGUAACCCUCUGAAGCAUGUCUUCAAAGUGUCCUGUGAAAGAUUUCUACAACAUAUUCAAGUCCUCCUAGAACCUCGUCAGUCCUUUCACAAGCCCAUAAGCCCUUCACAAGGACUCUUAAACUUUCCUGUGACUUCUUUAUAGAGACUGUUUGUUCUCCUAGAUCAAUGUGAUCUGAGUUUCUCAGAGAUGUCUGAUACUAGUUUUCCACCGGCAUGGUCCCGGUGGUGGUGCAGAUCCAGUUUGGCCUUGGUACCUUAUCAGAACCAGCCUACAUUGCUGGCUUUUUGGUACCAGUUCAGACUUUUUGCAGGAGAAACGCAUGAAACUGGUUCUAGACAGGACACUGGCCGUGCUUAGGAAACAUGAAAAGCUGCAGUAGUGUCUGUUCACCUGGUUACUAACAAUAAACAAAAGUCAUCAAAGCUUGUUGUGCAGAUUUGUGUAUAGGAGCUAUUUUCUUUUCUUCUGAACUUCACCAACCACAGCAUGGCUGUGCAGAAGAACGUGUAGAUACACAAAGACUACCCAUGCUCACAUUUCACUGUGAGGGGGUCCCCUUCACCUGACAGGUGAUGCUGCUGUAUGGGCAGAUGCGACUUUGAUUUUGGCUGACCUCUCUGUGAGGAAGCCGCAGGGAUGCGUGAGAAUGUAAAACUGCUCACUGAGAGGCUACUGAGGAAGUUCUGGGAUCCUUGGAAGCUCUUCCUCAGUUGGCUUCCACAGUCAGGACCGCCCUGAGUGGUUUUUACACCAGCAGGGGAAAUAUUUUUCUUUUUAAUAAAUGAAUCAUGACGAGGUAACUGUUGUUGCUCUCAACGUGAAGGUUUUGUGCCUUUGCAGCGUGACAGUCAAUCAUCGUUCAGCUGUGACGUCAGCAGAGACGGGUGUACAAAUCACAGGACAGUCGAGUGUGAAGCUCUUCAGGAAGUACUCUGACCUUCCUGACACCACCAUGAGAUUUUUUAAUAUAAUGUCAUCGGUCAUCAUCCUAUGUUUUCACCCACACAAAGACAUAUUGGGCCUCGAAGUUCUAGAGAAGCAUUUUGGUUUCUUGAAGAUGUUUGAGGUGGUACGUGUGAUUCUGAGAACUGUCCCUUGGCUCUCCAUCAUCAUGUUUGUUUAAACUGUGUCCUCUGUUUAAACAGCCUUCACCGUCAUUCUGACUCCACGUGUGAAAUAAACCAUUUGUUCUGCUGA